GGAUCGAUCGAAGCCAUUGAAGAGCUCAAACAAACAGUGUGAAGAUCAAAGAAAAAGAAAUGAUUGAUCAAUCAAUAUCAUUUGUUUAUUGAUUGGAUGGUUAUUUCUCUCCUUGUAUCUUCGCAAACAUUUUUUUUUUUUUUUGUUGUGUCUUUUUGUUCUUCUAUAUAUGCCUGGUUGUUUGCUUGCGUAAAGACCGAGCAUUCGCGCAUAUUGAGCAGUUUUUUGGUUUCGAUUUUUCUUGUGUUUGCGCCUAUACAUAUAUGGGAGGAUCGUCGAUGCAUGUACUGGAGAGCAUGCAUUUUGAUUCUUGAAUGUCGUUGACGGAUUUUGAUUUUGGGGAGAAUCGCGUUUUCCGGUCGAGGAUUUCUCCGCAGUCUGUGUGUUUUGCACGCGGCAACAAUGGCGGAGGGUGCGGUGCAGUUGAAUGUUGCGUCGGCGGUCGAGGAUGCGCUUCGACAGAACGGCAACCGUCUCAGCGACAUUGAUUUGGCUUCGAGAAAAGCGGAGGAAACUUCAUUUAGAAGAUAUGAAGCCGCUGGAUGGCUGCGAAAGAUGUUAGGAGAGGUUGUAGAGAAAGAUUUGCCUCCUCAGCCUUCAGAAGAAGAAUUCAGACUUAGUUUGAGAAGUGGAAUUAUACUCUGCAAUGUGCUGAACAAGGUUCAGCCUGGAGCUGUCCAAAAAGUAGUCGAGGCACCAUCCGAUACCGUUAUCAUCCCUGAUGGAGCUGCACUUUCUGCAUUCCAAUACUUUGAAAAUGUGAGAAACUUUCUCGAUUCAGCAGAGCGCAUGGGAAUUCCAGCUUUCGAAACCUCUGAUCUAGAACAGGGUGGGAAGACAUUCAGAAUCGUCAACUGCGUAUUGGCGCUGAAAUCGUUCCACGAAUGGAAACAAGGAGGCGGAAAAGGAGUUAAGAAAUUUGUUAGAAAUGUAAAGCUCCUAGCAGCAGGGAAGCAGUUUGUUCGAAAGAAUUCUGAUCUGUUCACCAGUUCAUUUUCAAGAAACUCACCCACCUGUGAGAAGUUUCUUGAUUGUUUCUUCAAUGAGAGGAACUCGGGCAAUCUUGGACUGGACCUCACUGAAAUGGCUUCCUCUAAUGCCCUGCACACAUUUGUUUGUGAUCUACUUUCUGAUAAGAAGCCUGAAGACAUUCCUUCGAUUGUGGAGAAUUUGUUGAGUAGAGUUAUGGAAGAAUAUGAACGUCGCAUGGCAAGCCAAAGUGAACAGGCUAGAACAGAUCCAGGGGACUCAGAUAUUCCAAGUUCUAACAAGUGCACGGAGUUGGAGAACCCGAAGGUAAUUGAAGACGAGUGUUUGGCUGAGAAGGAUGAUGAAUCGAAAGAAGAUGUUCCAAAGCACCAAGAUGAUGCAAAGCAGCAACGAGGAAGCUUGCAGGCCAUAAGAAGCAUACAGGAACUCAAAAGUACACUCCACUCUACAAAAAAUGACAUUGAAAUGCUCAGCAUGAAAUAUCAAGCAGAAGUAAACAAUCUGGGAAAGCAACUUUACAGCCUGGCUCAUGCAGCUUCUGGAUACCAAAAAGUUCUUGAGGAGAACCGCAAAUUAUACAAUCAAGUGCAAGAUCUCAGAGGAAAUAUAAGAGUGUAUUGCCGGAUACGCCCUUUUUUGCCGGAGAACCCCCCCGGUUCAAGCUGUGUGGAAGCAACCGACGAACAAACACUUACAGUACUCACCUCUUCAAAAUAUGUGAAGGGGAAGAAAUCGUUUACUUUCAACAGGGUGUUUGGUCCAUCUUCAAGCCAAGAAGAAGUAUUUGGAGACACUCAACCACUGAUACGUUCUGUCCUGGACGGGUAUAAUGUUUGCAUAUUUGCCUAUGGACAAACUGGAUCAGGAAAGACUUACACAAUGACAGGGCCAAAAGAACUUACACAAGAAAGCUUGGGGGUGAAUUACAGAGCACUGAAUGAUUUGUUUUGCAUAUCAGAACAGAGAAAGAACACCAUUUCUUAUGAUGUCUAUGUUCAGAUGAUCGAAAUCUACAACGAACAAGUUAGAGAUCUCCUUGUGACUGAUGGUCUUCACAAAAAGCUAGAAAUCCGAAACAACACUUCUAACGGCAUCAACGUACCAGAUGCUAAUCUAUUACCUGUUACAUCUCCAUCUGAUGUCAUCAACUUGAUGAACCUUGGGCACAAAAAUCGUGCAGUUGGUUCUACAGCUAUGAAUGAUCGAAGCAGUCGAUCUCAUAGCUGCCUAACAGUCCAUGUUCAAGGAAGAAAUUUGACGUCCGGUUCAACCCUACGUGGUUGCAUGCAUCUGGUUGAUCUCGCCGGAAGUGAAAGAGUGGACAAAACCGAGGCUUCCGGAGAUAGAUUGAAGGAGGCUCAGCAUAUCAAUCGGUCUCUAUCUGCUCUAGGAGAUGUAAUAUCAUCUCUUGCUCGAAAGAGCCCACAUGUUCCCUACAGAAACAGUAAGCUUACACAGUUGCUUCAAGAUUCGCUCGGAGGUCAAGCAAAGACUCUGAUGUUUGUGCACAUCAGCCCAGAACCUGAUGCCGUUAGCGAAACAAUUAGUACUCUCAAAUUCGCCGAACGUGUUUCCACAAUUGAGCUUGGAGCAGCUCGAGUUAACAAAGAGAGUACUGAUGUCAAAGAACUAAAAGACGAGAUUGCUGCCCUUAAAGCAGCCUUAUCACAGAAGGACAGAGGAGAGUCGGAUUUUCAUCAAUGUCGAGUUAUGAGCCCCGAUAAAUCGAUGACUAGCCCUCUGGGAACCUCUCCUUCAGAUUCCUUUCGGAGUAAUGGUGAUGACACAAAGACAGAGGUUAUCAGCCAAGUUUCUUCGAUUCCAACAACUCAAUCCUUCGAUGCUGAGAUUCUCGAUUCUCCCUCUUGGCCAAGUCCCAAAUCGACAGAAGAAGGGAAAGAUGAAUGGGCUGUUGAUAAGGUUGUGAUGAAGAAACCAGGUGGUUUGAGUGGAGGCUAUAAUCACUUGGAAAAAUGGGAGGAUGGAGGAGAGUCGCCCAAGGCACUCUAUCAAAAGUCCAGUCACGAAACGUCGAAGGUAUACCCAGAACAAUCUUUGAAGAAAUAUCAUCGGCAGCACAGCCUCGACAAUGGGUUGGGUAGGAUUCAAAGCGAUGAUCACUCAGACGAGCAGGAGCUCGAAACUAGCGAUUCUUCAGAGCUAGAUUACCAAUUGCAGAUCAAUGUUCCUAGAACUAUACGCACGCCUAAUGGAGCAGGAUCGAAAGUGAAGCGAUCUCCGUUGCAAGCUAAGACCCCCGAGAAAAGAAGCCCAAUUUCUCAACAGCCAGCAAGGAAGGUCUCCAACAAAGGAAAUCAGUCCCCGUUGCGGAAGCAUGCAAAGCAACCGGCUCUCGUUGACGUUAAACGAAAGUCAGCUGCUGCUGGGAAGUGAGAGCUAAGGUAUGACAAAAAAACACAACUUGAGUAAAUAGUUGCCAUGCAUGGAUAAUAUUGUGAAUGCUUCAACUUUUGGUGUUUCAUUUUAUUUCAAUUUUUUGUUUUCAAGAUUUCGAUUCUGGUGAUUUAUCCCUUUUUUGUUCGGUGUCUGUCAUGUUAAUGAGUGUUGUUUGAGUGUGUUCAAUACCACUGGUUUUGUAAUUCUUUCCGCUGUACAAAAACUGAACCAAAAAAAAAAGGAAGAAAAGCAUGGAUGAUAUGAAAAAUGUAUAGAGCCCUCUCGAGGGCCUUUUUGAAUCCUAUAUGCAUAAUUGAACUACAUUGUGACUUCAAAUUUCUUAUAUCUGCUGUGCUUUUA